AUGUUAACCUCUCCCAGCUCUAGGUAUGAACUGAGAAUGAAUGUGAACCAGCAGACUCCCAUGGCGUCUCCGUACGGCCAGCCCCAGCCUGGCUAUGGCCAGCCCAGCUACGCUCCCCUGGGAGGGAGCUACCCUGGCCCCUACGGACCCAACGGGCCCGCUACAGCCUACCAGCCUGGGGCUCCACCACAAGGUAAGUCUGUCUCUUUCCCUAACCCACCUCUUCUUUCUUGCAAGGGACUGUCUGUGUCUCUGUUUCUGUCCCUCCUCCCACUAGCGAGCUGACCUUCUGCAAGGUAAAACUUGUCUCUGUCCCUCUUUCUCUGUACCCAUCGCAAAGUCCACUUCCUGCCAUUCCCGCCAUAUCUUUGUGGCAACUUGUGUGUGUUUGGAUGUAAUUGAUUGUAUUGUGAAUGCAUCAACAACCAUAGGGAUUCUAGUUGCUCCUACUCCUGUGUGUGUGUGUAUGUGUGUGAGCAAGCAUAUUAUGCGUGUAUGUGUUCCUCCUUUCCCCCUGGCUUUCUGCAUUUCUAUUCCUGCCUCUGUACACGGUGUCUCCCUCCUUUCUUGUCUUUCAGGUUACUCUCCCUAUGCCAGUUUUCCCUCUAAGGCUGUGGCAGCUAACCCAGUCUCUGACCUGUCCUCUCCUCUUGACUUAGGUAACUGCUUUCUCUCUCUCUCUGCCACCCCUCUCUUUCCCCUACAUACAUGCUUCUACAGCCUGCUGAUCAUUUGGCUGAGAGCAAUGGUUCCCAUGGCCCACUUGAAGUUCAAAAUCUAAGAUGUAGGUUUCUCACAUGAGAUGACUUUACCUUCAGGAUGACUAACUUUACCAACGAGUGGUGCAAAUCUAUGCAGGUUUUUCUGGCUGGAAAUGCAUUCUUGCAUUGAUGACAUAACGGUCAUCAUAGCUGAUUACAUAACGUUCCAAAUGCCAUCCGCUGUGUUUCAAACCUGUCGCCAUUUCAGACAGGUGCCUAACGCCCCAUCCCUCUCUCUCAGGACCUGCCAGAGGCUCCCCUACCUCUGCCCCCCGUCCAGUCUCCACCCCCCAGGCAUACUCCCAGUAUCCCCAGGGAGACAAUCAGAACGGACCCCCACCUAUGGCUCACUCUAUGUCCCAGCCAGUUCACAGGUCAGACCACACACACGCACACACAGUGUAUAUACUAGACAGCGGUUGUGUGUGUGUGUCCAAAUCUUUAAAUGUGUGUGUGAAGAAAGGUGUGUAUGUGACAUAAGUUAUCCAGGCUCUGUUGUAGCCGGCCGCGACCGGGAGACCCAUGGGGCGGCGCACAAUUGGCCCAGCGUCGUCCAGGGUAGGGGAGGGAAUGGCCGGCAGGGAGAGCAUGGCGUUUGCAACGCCAGGGUUGUGGGUUCGAUUCCCAUGGGGGGCCAGUAUGAAAAAUAAAAUAAAAAAUAAUGUAUGCACUCACUAACUGUAAGUCACUCUGGAUAAGAGCGUCUGCUAAAUGACUAAAAUAUAAAUGUAAGUUGUUUGUGUGUCCAGGUCGCCUGUGUCUCAGCCGUAUAGCCAAGGUGCUAUGAACUUGUCCGGGCCACACCCCUCCUACCCCCAGCAGUACGGGGCUCAGCCCCCCAUGCAACAGGUGACCAAUCAGAUGUCAGGGAUGCAGAUCGGGUCCGGCCCCCCCACCUCUGUUGGGCUGGGAUAUGGUAAGAAAUAAUUGAUUGAUUGACGAAUUUCGUGCUAAACUUUGCACCUACUAAACACAACCCUAGUUACCUGAAUUUUCUUUCUCCAGCUCGCCAUCCCAGCUCCCAGCCUCCAAUCAGUGCAUACUCCGCUGCAGCCCCUCCCUCCUAUACGCAAGCUCCUCCCCCAUUGUCUGCUGCCCCCUCCCAGCCUCCCCCUCCCAGUGAACCUGCCGCCCCCCAGCCUUACUAUAGUGUCCCCCCUCCCCCCCAACAACAACCCUUCGCCUCCUCUGCCCACCUUCCCUCCCAACCCUUCCUCUCCUCCUCUCCAUACUCGGGCCCUCCCCCUCUCAGCCAACCCCAGGCCCCUCCAGUCUCUCAACAGCAGUCCUUCCCACCUGGCCCCCCUCCCCAUGCUCAACAACCCUUCCCCAACUCCGCCCCUCCUCCAGUCUCCCAGGCCUCCUACUCUGGCCCCCCUCCUCACACCCAGCACUCCUUCCCCCCCAGAGGCCCCCCUCCCUCCUCCCAAUCUGGCCCCUUCCCACCUAUCUCUAUACCCCCUGCCCAGUACCCAGGCCCCCAGCCCCCGUCCCAACCCGGGCCCCCUCCCUUCCACUCUGAGUCCUCUCCUCAAGGCCCCAUGCCACCCCCCUCCAUGUCCCAGCAGCAGGCCAAUCACCUUCCCCCCGGCCCCAUGCAGCAACAGCACCCUCCUCAGCCUGGCAUGCAGGGAGGAUACCCACCCCAGCAGAAUGGUGAGUACACCAUGUUCAAACCCCUGUUCAACUUCUACUAGACCGCUAGCUUGCUUUUGGCAAGUCUGGAGUUUUUGUAAUGAAAUCUAGUUGGCAGUCAUAGAGUGGAUGUGAAAAUCAGAUGUCAUGGUAGUCAAAUCAAUCAAAUCAAAUGUUAUUUGUCACAUGCUUCGUAAACAACAGGUGUAGACCAACAGUGAAAUGUUUGCUUACGGGACCUUUUCCAUCAAUGCAGAGUUAAAAAUGAAGAUAAAAAAUAGAAAUAGUGACACAAGUAAUAAAUACAUGGUGAAUAACAAUAAAGAGUAAAAAUAACAUGGCUAUAUACAUGGAGUACCAGUACCAAGUCAAUGUGCAGGAGUGCUAGGUAAUUAAAGUAGCUAUGUACAAAUAGGUAGGGGUAAAGUGACUAGGCAACAGGAUAGAUAAUAGCAGCAGCUUAUGUGAGUGUUAAAGUGUGUGUGGCGUCAGUAUGCAUGUGUUUGUUUGUGGGCGUAGGUAGUGUGUGUGUUGGAGUGUCAGUGUAAGAAUGUGUGAGUGUAUGGAUAGAGUCAUAGUCAGUGCAAGAGUUAGUGCAAAAAACAAAAAAAAGGAUCAAUGCAGGUAGUCUGGGUAGCCAUUUCUAAUUAACGUAAGCCCACCCAGUAGAGAGUUUAUAAUCAAUCAAUACUUUCCUCCUCAGGUGCGUUUGGGCAGCCGAGAGGGCCCCAGCCCGGCUAUGCAGGCCCGCAGUAUCCCGGGCAACAGAACUACGGAGCAGGCCCUGCCCCUGCACCCGCUCCCACCGCACAGAAGAGACUGGACCCUGACUCCAUCCCCAGCCCGGUAAGGCACACACACUCCCUGUCCCCAUCCUGGUAACACAUACACACUUGGUCUUGUGAUGUAUAGUGUAUUGGUGAUAAUGAUGUUAGGUAUUGGACUGUAUGUUAUGUGUUUGUGUGUGCAGUCUAACAGUGUAACCCAGUCUAAGUUGAGCAUGUGUAUCAAACACAGAUGAUCUGCUUGCCUUCUCUCUGAUGACUGACUAAUCUAUAACCAAUAAUCCCAGAAUCACAGUCAGGGAGCUAAUAAUCCUGCUACUGAGUUAUUUACAUCCUCUUCUCUCUGUCCCCUGUGUUCUUUGGUUUUGUUUGAUUUGAUAAUUUGCUGGACAAAUCUCUGUUGUGAAUGUAAAGCAAGCGUCUGAGCUGCCGGCUGUGCAGAAAUCGAGACAUAGAAUAGACCCAGACGCUAUCCCCAGCCCAGUAAGUCUCCUGUCUACCUCCUAACCCCUAUCCCCUACCCCUUAACCCCUUAUCCCCGUCUUAGUGCUGAGCGAUUAACUAAAAUGUUGGUUUAUUUACGGUUUUUAAAUAACUAAUUGACAGCAUUGGUUCAAUUAUUUGAAUUCCAUUUAUUUAAAAAAAAUUAUGUGAGCUCAAUGUGCAGUUUCUCUAGAGAGAUUUCAUGUUGUCCAACUCAUCAUAGUUAACCGCAGAAAACGUGGUAAUUAAUUACAAUGACUAGAAUCCAUUGUGGCUACAGCUGCCUGUUCUCAUUGGUUGUUAUCCCGGGCAAGCCUGUGGGGCCGGCAGACAGACAGGGAGAGGAAGCGCGAUAGAGACAGGAGAGGGAUAGAGAGCAGUUGCUUAGGUAUCUCUACCCGACAAUACAUCUUAUUGGUUGAUAGUUCUUAUUUAGCAGUCUUAAAAAUAUGCCUUAUCUACUUUGAAGAAUUACUGAAAUAGUGAUUUUGUCAGACAGCAGGCAGCUAGCCAGCUAGACUAGCUUUCUAGCCUGAAGGAUGACUCUUUGGAGAGCACAGAGAUACUUUUGUAUAUAUAGUGUAUGUGGUCACCCCUUCAAAUUGGUGGAUUCAGCUAUUUCAACCACACCUGUUGCUGACAGGUGUAUAAAAUCGAGCACACAGCCAUGCAGUCUCCAUGGACAAACAUUGGCAGUAGAAUGGCCUUAGUGAAGAGCUCAGUGACUUUCAACGUGGCACCGUCAUAGGAUGCCACCUUUCCAACAAGUCAGUUCGUCAAAUUUCUGCGCUGCUAGAGCUGCCCCGGUCAACUGUAAGUCCUGUUAUUGUGAAGUGGAAACAUCUAGGAGCAACAAUGGCUCAGCCACGAAGUAAUAUGCCACACAAGGUCACAGAACGGGACCGCUGAAGUGCGUAGCGCGUAAAAAUGUCCUGUCCUUGGUUGAAACACUCACUACUGAGUUCCAAACUGCCUCUGGAAGCAACGUCAGUACAAGAACUGUUAGUCGGGAGCUUCAUGAAAUGGAUUUCCAUGGCCGAGCAGCCGCACACAAGCCUAAGAUCACCAUGCGCAAUGCCAAGCGUCGGCUGGAGUGGUGUAAAGCUCACCGCCGUUGGACUCAGGAGCAGUGGAAACGCGUUCUCUGGAGUGAUGAAUCACACUUCACCAUCUGGCAGUCCAAUGGACGAAUCUGGGUUUGUGGAUGCCAGGAGAACGCUACCUGCCCCAAUGCAUAGUGCCAACUGUAAAGUUUGGUGGAGGAGGAAUAAUGGUCUGGGGCCCCUUAGUUCCAGUGAAGGGAAAUCUUAACGAUACAGCAUACAAUGACAUUCUAGAUGAUUCUGUACUUCCAACUGUGUGGCAGCAGUUUGGGGAAGGCCCUUUCCAGUUUCAGCAUGACAAUGCCCCUGUGCACAGAAAUUGUUUGUCGGAAUCGGUAUGGAAGAAUUUGACUGGCCUGCACAGAGACCUGACCUCAUCCCCAUCGAACAUUACAUUUUAAAUUUUUUACAUUUUAGUCAUUUAGCAGACGCUCUUAUCCAGAGCGACUUACAGUUAGUGAGUACAUACAUAAUUUUUUUUAUACUGGCCCCCCAUGGGAAUCGAACCCUGGCAUUGCAAACGCCAUGCUCUACCAAUUGAGCUACAUCCCUGCCGGUCAUUCCCUCCCCUACCCUGGACGACGCUGAGCCAAUUGUGCGCCGCCCCAUGGGUCUCCCGGUCGCGGCCGGCUACGACAGAGCCUGGAUUCGAACCAGGAUCUCUAGCGGCACAGCUAGCACUGCGAUGCAGUGCCUUAGACCACUGCGCCACUCGGGAGACACAAUCUUUGUGAUGAACUGGAAUGCCGACUGCGAGCCAGGCCUAAUCGCCCAACAUCAGUGUCCGACCUCACUAAUGCUCUUGUGGCUGAAUGGAAGCAAGUCCCCGCAGCAAUGUUCCAACAUCUAGUGGAGUGUUAUAACAGCAAAGGGGGGACCAAGUCCAUAUUAAUGCCCAUGAUUUUUUAAAGAGUUGUUCGAUGAGCAGGUGUCCACAUACUUUUGGUCAUGUAGUGUAGAUGGCUGACUGCUACUGCCUGAGCAGAGAUUAUAUGACUUGGAAUGAAAUAAUCAAAAUGAAAGUCAUCAAAUAAAAAGUGAGAAAAAAAUGUAAUGUAAAGUAAUGUGAGAAAAGGAUGCCUAUUAAUAAGUGAUAAGCGGUAAUGGGCAGUCACUGCUAUCAUUUGAGUUUUUAUUAAUGAAAUAGUCAUCAUGCUAAAAACAAAUGUAAUAUACACAACCAAAAUAUUUUAUUUAAGGAAAGUAAUGUGAAUAAAUGAUAUUAAUGGGCAGUCACAACCAUCAAUUAUUUUUUGUUCUAUGUUACAGCAUGAAACCCACAUAACGUUUCUUUUUUUUUUAUGGAACCGAAAUUGAAAACCGUGAUUUAAAAAAAAUCACGAAACAACCUCAAAAAGCACUUAGCUCAGCACUACCCCGUCUACAUCCUAACCCCUACACCCUAUCCCCAGCCCAGCAAGCUCCUGUGUGUCUCCUCACUAACUGCUACACCCUAACCUUUGAGCCCUGACCCUCAGAAGCCUACCAAUGUUUCUAUGUCUGACCAACAGGUCAUUGGUGCGUUCUGAUCCCCCCCCCCACCCCUUUUCCCUCUCCUCGCAUGCCAGCCUGCAGUGUCUCAAUCACUACUCACCCAUAAUUCCUUGCACUCUGAAAUUUACCCAAAUUCCUUGAUUCCUGAAAUUUGCCCACAAUUCCUAGCACCCUGAAAUUAGCCCAAAUUCGUUGAAUUUUUUAUUUGUCCACAAUCAUGCUACAUUUGAGUAUAAAGCCCUCCCUAGUGGUUUUGGUGUGUUGUGCACUGUACUCUACAGUGUUGCCAUGGUUGCUGUGUCAUUGUGUUAUUAUAGGAUGGCCUCAAUGGUUUUUUGUUAAUCUUCUCUGUUCUCUUUGGGAGUUCUAUUUUUACUCUCUCACUGGAGAAUAGGUUUGUGCGUAAUGGAGAGACUCUUCCCCUGCAUGUCAUUAUACUCCACCCUCUAUCAAAUUAACAUUAGCGUGUCUGUAAAACUUGCUUUCUCUUUCUACCUCAGAUUCAGGUGAUUGAGGAUGACCGGGUCAACAAGAGCAGUGAGCCGUUCACCACUGGGGUCAAAGGUCAGGCUCCACCCCUGGUCACCACCAACUUCCAGGUGAAAGACCAGGGCAACGCCAGCCCGCGGUUCAUCCGCUGUACGGCCUACAACAUGCCCUGCACAGCCGACAUGGCCAAACAGUCCCAAGUCCCCUUGGCCGCUGUAAUCAAACCCCUGGCCACGCUGCCCCCCGACGAGGUGAGACGCACACACAUACGCGCACACACACCCCUAUCUCCUCUGUUCUCCUUCUCUCAAAACACUCUCUUACCGCUCUCUCUUUGUUGUCGUUAUAUGUUCAUUUUUCUCAAGAAUUGGAGGCAUCUGCCAUUUCUGAACUACACUAUAAGAUGCUUAACAAACCCCCCUCUGUCUGUCAGACGCCUCCGUACAUUGUGGACCAUGGGGAGGGCGGUCCUAUCCGCUGUAACCGCUGUAAGGCCUACAUGUGUCCCUACAUGCAGUUCAUCGAGGGUGGACGCCGCUUCCAGUGUGGCUUCUGCAGCUGUGUCACAGAGGGUACGUGCGUGUGAUAUUUUGUGUGUGUCUGAGGUCAGUAUUGUAAUUUGUUUGUUAUAACUCUCCCUCUCUCUCGCCAUAGUGCCUCCCCACUACUUCCAGCAUCUGGACCACACAGGGAAGAGGGUGGACUGCUAUGACAGGCCAGAGCUCUCUCAGGGCAGCUACGAGUUUGUGGCCACCGUCGACUACUGUAAGGUAGGUGUCUACUUUCAUAAAAGACUGGAGGCCUGUACCUUUGUUCUAUUUGGACCAGAAGAUUUUCAUAAUGAGCCAGAUUCUGUCUGUCGUCACAAUGACCAAGUUUGGCACAUACCAGAGAUUCUCCAUCAAAGAAAAGCUGUGCCAUUAUGUAAUAUGCUUAAUAUGCGAACUGUCUAGUCUAAAUACUUCUCUCUUUCACUCUCUCUCUGCUUCUUUCUCUCUCUCAGAACAAUAAGCUCCCCCAGCCCCCAGCGUUCAUCUUCUUCAUCGAUGUGUCUUACAACGCCGUGAAGAGCGGCAUGGUCAACAUAGUCUGUCAGGAGCUCAAGACUCUACUGGACUACCUGCCCAGGUACACACACACACACACACACACACACUAUUCACCCAUGUAAACACACACACACACCCACUAGCUAAUGAAUGACAUUUGCUCUCUCUCUUCCCCCGCUCACCCUCCAGGGAGAAUCCAGAGGCAGACUCGGUGGUGCGUGUGGGUUUUGUGACCUAUAACAAGGUGUUACACUUCUACAACGUCAAGUCCAGCCUGGCCCAGCCCCAGAUGAUGGUGGUCAGUGACGUCAGUGACAUGUUCCUCCCUCUGCUCGACGGCUUCCUGGUCAGCGUCAACGACAGCCGGAUGGUCAUCGAGAGGUACGCACACAUACAUUUACACCAGGGCUCCAGACUAACAGUUUCCUGCCGUGGCACUGGUGCCACUAAGUUUUUCAGUUGGGGGCACCAGCCCAUGAUUUUUUGUCGCAGUAACAACAAAAAAUGUGACGUCAUGCAAUAUCAUUUUUUGUAAUUGUAAUAAAGGUUUUCAAGAUGAAUAAAAGAGAAGAGCAGUCACAGAAAGUCAAUCAAAAUCAAAUCUGGUUUAGAAGUUGCAACAGGGAGACACCUCCAGAACAGAAGCAAAUAACAUUUGUAACUCGCUUUCUCUAAGCCGUUAUAUUCUAAUCUCACAGCACCAAUGUUCUGUAAAACAGUAGGACGUCACAUCAGUUGCUACUGAAUCACGCAGUGUCACAGAAUACAAUAACAAGCAGUGUCCUUGGUCCUUGUACCUUCAGUCUGUAGUCAUUCACUAUCAACAGAUAUGAGAACAAUCCAUAACAUUCAGUAUAAAGUCUAAGUGACCAUCAACGCGUACACAAAUGAUUGUCCCAAAUAGAAUACUGGAAAUCAUGUGUAUUUUACGUAAAGGGAAACAUAUAAAUAUGCUAAGCAUUGUGUUAAUUACUCUUAACUGAAUAUUAACUUUAUUCAUCUUAUUCCCAUGACAUUAAUCAUCUUUUAAAGUAAUUCAGUGCUUUAUUAAGAAGUGUAAUCGACUACUGAGAUGGUAUUUAAGAAAUAAGUUGUUUCUUCUAACAUGUUGUGAUUCAAAAUAUUUUGAUGUGCAUCCUAUUCCAGUGAUUUUCAUGACUUUCGGGUUGACAAUUAGGCUAUUGUUAUAUUUUACUGUUAAAAUAGGUUCAAUAGAGAUUCAUUUGCCUACAUCUUUAUGUGCAUAAUAUCAUAUGCUACGUUUUGGGGGGCUAAUUCACCACCUAAGUGGAAACUCAAAACACAUUAGCUAGAUUGUUAACUCUCUAAAUAUAAAACCCACUGCUAGUUGCCAUAUGUUAAUCUAACAGCAAAUGUAAUGUCCUAAAAAAAACUGCAGUUGUAGCCUACAGAAAGCUAAGAACCUCCUCUCUUCAGCAUUACACAUGAUAGCUGUGUUUACCCUGCAAUUGGAUUUUGAAAUGUUAUACAAUCAGAAUGCAUUUUUUUCUCCCUGAGCAUUUUCUUUCUCCCGGGAAAGGCAGUGAGAGUGGCUCGCUCAUCACAGCAGCAGGUCCCAGCGAAACAGGGGGGCAGCCGCAGGGCACAAACUUUCAUUAGAUGAAUCAUCAGGAUAAUGCACUUUACUGUUUGACCAAAUCAUGGGUUAAGCCUCCUAAAAAAAAAAUAGGAAGAUUGAGAAACAUUUAAUGUUUUACGCACACAGCCAAGCCAAAGGGUCGCAAAAUUUUACUAAAUGGUCGCUGUCUGGAGCCCUGGUAUACACACAUUAAUAUUUAUAUCCAUCACAUAUAUUAAAGCAGAUGUCUCAUCUGUCCAGGCAUCGCAACUGUUUAAGUUGCAUAGACUCAUUUGGCGUGUUUGUCAGUUUGCUAGACCAGAUUCCGGAGAUGUUUGCAGACACCAGGGAGACUGAGACGGUGUUUGGACCAGUCAUCCAGGCAGGACUGGAGGCACUGAAGGCUGCAGACUGUGCCGGUAAGCUGUUUGUGUUCCACUCCACUCUGCCCAUCGCUGAGGCUCCUGGGAAACUGAAGAACAGAGAGGACAAGAAACUGGUGGGAACAGACAAGGAGAAGGUACGCACAAACACACUGAUACACUCAGACACAAGUACUCUCUCACACACACACUAACAAGGAGAAGGUAAACUGAUAUUGCAGAUACUGUUGGCAGAUACUGUUGCAAUUAGACACAGAACACAUAAAGAACCCUCAUUCUGGAGAAAGUGUUCCAUCUGGUAUUGGUUGGGUCAAUGACUCUGUCAAUGAGUCUCUCUCUCUCCCCCUCUCCAGUCUCUGUUCCAGCCCCAGUCUGGUUUCUACAGUAACCUGUCUAAGGAGUGUGUAGCACAGGGCUGCUGUGUGGACCUCUUCCUGUUUCCCAACCAGUAUGUCGACGUGGCAACACUUGGCGUGGUGCCCGUCUCCACUGGGGGCUCCAUCUACAAAUACACCUACUUCCAGGUGAGACACACACACACACAUCUCUCUCUCUCUCUCUCUCUCUAUAUAUAUAUAUAUAUAUAUCUCUCCAUACAAUGCCUUCGGAAAGUUUUCAGACCCCUAGACAUUUCCCACAUUUUCUUAGGUUACAGCCUUAUUCUAAAAUUGAUUAAAUAGUUUUUUUCCCCCUCAUCAAUCUACACACAAUACCCCAUAAUGACAAAGCAAAACAGGUUUUUAGAUUUUUAUUUUUACUGAAACCACAUUUACAUAAGUGUUCUCUGUACUUUGCUCUGUUCAUCUUUCUCUCGAUCCUGACUAGUCUCCCAGUCCCUGCCGCUGAAAAACAUCCCCACAGCAUGAUGCUGCCACCACAAUGCUUCACCGUAGGGAUGGUGCCAGGUUUCCUCCAGACGUGACUUUUGGCAUUCAGGCCAAAGAGUUCAAUCUUGGUUUCAUCAGACCAGAGAAUCUUGUUUCUUAUGGUCUGAGAGUCUUUAGGUGCCUUUUAGCGAACUCCAAGCAGGCUGUCAUGUGCCUUUUACUGAGGAGUGGCUUCUGUCUGGCCACUCUACCAUAAAGGCCUGAUUGGUGGAGUGCUGCGGAGGUGGUUGUCCUUCUGGAAGGUUCUCCCAUCUCCACAGAGGAACUCUGGAGUUCUGUCAGUGACCAUCGUGUUCUUAGUCACCUCCCUGACCAAGGCCCUUCUCCCCCGAUUGCUCAGUUUGGCCGGGCGACCAGCUCUAGGAAGAGUCUUGGUGGUUCCAAACUUCUUCCAUUUAAGAAUGAUGGAGGCCACUGUGUUCUGGGUUUUUUAUACAUUUGCAAACAUUUCUAAACUUUAGGUUACGACCGUAACCCUGGUUUUCUGAUAGUAUGAGUGAGGUAUUUCACUUAUGGGAUACGGCCCCAGCAUAUUCGUCAGAAGCCUUUAUUACACUACGCCAGCCAUGAUUGGCUGGACGUCGAGACGUGUGCGUCGGGGAAGGUUGUCCCUCCUACCCUAUAAAAGAUCCAACGCAACGUCUGAGUCAUUCAAAAAUAAGCAACACCUCUUCCUCGCUCAUGCAAGGAGGGUGGUCUGGUGAAAUACCUCACUCAUACUAUCAGAGAACCGGGGUUACAGUCGUAACCUAAAGUUCUCUUUCAAGUAUUUGUUUCGGUAUUUCACUUAUGGGAUAUACUGACUCCCAUAUUGCCAGACAGGCUUAUCCUGACGACCGACUGUCCUUUGCUAUAUAUCACACAAAUGGGCUUUGCCCCUCAGAAGAUCCUACACGUAAAACAGUAUGCGCCAGGGUAGGUGCCGUGACAUAAAGCCCAACUCGCUGCUGAGCAAAUAUUUUGGAUAGAUAUGGCCUUAAAUAAAGCCCAGGACGUAGCCAUUCCUCUAGUGGAAUGAGCCCGUAGGCCAGAAGGAGACUAAAGACCCUUACUUGUGUAGGCCAAAGCAAUAGCCCCCACUAUCCAGUGGGAGAGGCAAUGUUUAGUGAGCGCUUUACCUGUGUGAGGUUUUGCCCAGGAAACAAACAACUAAAUCCCUUAAUCCUGUCCAUGUAGAUGCGCAGAGUGCGUACUGGGCACAACAUAUGCAACCGUUGAUGUUCCGGAGAGGAAAACGGUGGGGGAUAAACAAGCUACCAGCUCCAGAGGAAGACACGUCAAAGAUGGGUUAAUCAUCUUAGGGAUUAAGGUGGGGUUAAGCCUCAAUGAUACCCUAUUGUUACCAGGUGCAAAUUGUGCACAUGAUGAGUGCACCGAGAGUGUGUGAAUGUCACUUACACACUUGGCGGAGGCCAAUGCUAGUAAUAUCGCGGUCAUAAAUGAAAGCAUCUUCAGCUCCACUUGAUCUCAAAAGGCUGUUGGCAUAGAGCAUCGAAAACAUUUACAUUUACAUAAUUUAGAAGACGCUCUUAUCCAGAGCGACUUACAAAUUGGUGCAUUCAACUUAUCAUAGCCAGUGGGACAACCACUUUUUUGUUAUGAUAUAAAAAAAAAAAAUCAUUUUCUUAUUUUUUUGUGGGGGAAGAAGGAUUACUUUAUACUAUUCCAGGUAUUCCUUAAAGAGGUAGGGUUUCAAGUGUUUCCGGAAGGUGGUCAGUGACUCCGCUGUCUUGGCGUCGUGGGGGAGCUUGUUCCACCAUUGGGGUGCCAGAGCAGCGAAUAGCUUUGACUGGGCUGAGCGGGAACUGUGCUUCCGUAGAGGUAGGGGAGCUAGCAGGCCAGAGGUGGAUGAACGUAGUGCCCUCGUUUGGGUGUAGGAUCAGAGCCUGAAGGUAAGGAGGUGCCGUUCCCCUCACAGCUCCAUAGGCAAGCACCAUGGUCUUGUAGUAGAUGCGAGCCUCAACUGGAAGCCAGUGGAGUGUGCAGAGGAGCGGGGUGACAUGAGAGAACUUCGGAAGGUUGAACACCAGACGGGCUGCAGCGUUCUGGAUAAGUUGUAGGGGUUUAAUGGCACAGACAGGGAGCCCAGCCAACAGCGAGUUGCAGUAAUCCAGACGGGAGAUGACAAGUGCCUGGAUUAGGACCUGUGCCACUUUCUGUGUAAGGUAGGGUCGUACUCUGCGAAUGUUGUAGAGCAUGAACCUGCAGGAUCGGGUCACCGCUUUGAUGUUAGCGGAGAAAGACAGGGUGUUGUCCAGGGUCACGCCAAGGUUCUUUGCACUCUGGGUGGAGGACACAAUAGAGUUGUCAACCGUGAUGGCGAGAUCAUGGAGGGGGCAGUCCUUCCCCGGGAGGAAGAGCAGCUCCGUCUUGCCGAGGUUCAGCUUGAGGUGGUGAUCCGACAUCCACACUGAUAUGUCUGCCAGACAUGCAGAGAUGCGAUUCGCCACUUGGUUAUCGGAAAGGAGAAAAGUAAUUGUGUGUCGUCUGCGUAGCAAUGAUAGGAGAGACCAUGUGAGGAUAUGACAGAGCCAAGUGACUUGGUGUAUAGAGAGAAUAGGAGAGGGCCUAGAACUGAGCCCUGGGGGACACCAGUGGUGAGAGCACGUGGUGCGGAGACAGAUUCUCGCCACGCCACCUGGUAGGAGCGACCUGUCAGGUAGGACGUAAUCCAAGAGUGAGCAGCGCCGGAGAUGCCCAACUCGGAGAGGGUGGAGAGGAGGAUCUGAUGGUUCACAGUAUCAAAGGCAGCGGAUAGGUCUAGAAGGAUAAGAGCAGAGGAGAGAGAGUUAGCUUUAGCAGUGCGGAGAGCCUCCCUGACACAGAGAAGAGCAGUCUCAGUUGAAUGACCAGUCUUGAAACCUGACUGGUUUGGAUCAAGAAGGUCAUUCUGAGAGAGAUAGCAGGAGAGUUGGCUAGAGACGGCACGCUCAAGAGUUUUGGAGAGAAAAGAAAGAAGGGAUACUGGAGGGAUCGAGUGUAGGUUUUUUGAGGGGUGCAACUCUCGCUCUCUUGAAGACGGAAGGGACAUGGCCAACGGUCAAGGAUGAGUUGAUGAGCGAGGUGAGGUAAGGGAGAAGGUCUCCGGAAAUGGUCUGGAGAAGAGAGGAGGGGAUAGGGUCAAGCGGGCAGGUUUUUGGGCGGCCGGCCGUCACAAGUCGCAAGAUUUCAUCUGGAGAGAGAGGGGAGAAAGAAGUCAAAGCAUAGGGUAGGGCAGUGUGAGCAGGACCAGCGGUGUCAUUUGACUUAAUAAAUGAGGAUCGGAUGUCGUCAACCUUCUUUUCAAAAUGGUUGACAAAGUCAUCCACAGAGGGAGGGGGGGGGUUCAGCAGGGAGGAGAAGGUGGCAAAGAGCUUCCUAGGGUUAGAGGCAGAGGCUUGAAAUUUAGAGUGGUAGAAAGUGGCUUUAGCAGCGGAAACAGAGGAAGAGAAUGUAGAGAGGAGGGAGUGAAAAGAUGACUGGUCCGCAGGGAGUCUAGUUUUCCUUCAUUUCCGCUCGGCUGCCCGGAGCCCUCUUCUGUGAGCUCGCAAUGAGUCUGCAAUCCACGGAGCAGGAGGGGAGGACCGAGCCGGCCGGGAGGAUAGGGGACAUAGAGAGUCAAAAGAUGCAGAAAGGGAGGAGAGGAGGGUUGAGGAGGCAGAAUCAGGAGAUUGGAGGGGGAAGGAUUUAGCAGAGGGAAGAGAUGAUAGGAUGGAAGAGGAGAGAGUAGCGGGAGAGAGAGAGCGAAGGUUGCGACGGCACAUUACCAUCUGAGUAGGGGCAGAGUGAGUAGUGUUGGAGGAGAGCGAGAGAGAAAAGGAUACAAAGUAGUGGUCGGAGACUUGGAGGGGAGUUGCAGUAAGAUUAGUAGAAGAACAGCAUCUAGUAAAGAUGAGGUCAAGCGUAUUGCCUGCCUUGUGAGUAGGAGGGGACGGUGAGAGGGUGAGGUCAAAAGAGGAAAGGAGUGGAAAGAAGGAGGCAGAGAGAAAUUAGUAAAAGGCAGACGUAGAGAGGUUAAAGUCACCCAGAACUGUGAGGGGUGAGCCAUCCUCAGGAAAGGAACUUAUCAAGGCGUCAAGAUCAUUGAUGAACUCUCCAAGUGAACCUGGAGGGCGAUAAAUGAUAAGGAUGUUAAGCUUGAAUGGGCUAGUGACUGGGACAGCAUGGAAUUCAAAUGAGGAGAUUGACAGAUGGGUCAGGGGAAAAAGAGAGAAUGUCCACUUGGGAGAGAUGAGGAUUCCUGUGCCACCGCCGCGCUGACCAGAUGCUCUCGGGGUAUGCGAGAACACAUGGUCAGACGAGGAAAGAGCAGUAGGAGUAGCAGUGUUUUCUGUGGUAAUCCAUGUUGCCGUCAGCGCCAAGAAGUCGAGGGACUGGAGGGUAGCAUAGGCUGAGAUUAACUCUGCUUUGUUGGCUGCAGAACGGCAGUUCCAGAGUCUGCCGGAAACCUGGAACUCCACGUGGGUCGUGCGCGCAGGGACCACCAGAUUAGAGUGGCAGCAGCCACACGGUGUGAAGCGUUUGUAUGGCCUGUGCAGAGAGGAGAGGACAGGGAUAGACAGACACAUAGUUGACAGGCUACAGAAAAAGGCUACAAUAAUGCAAAGGAGAUCGGAAUGAAAUGAACUAAACAUCUGGGAAAGCGAGAGAGCGGGGCCUCCCUCACUUACGUUUCACUGAAACACUCAAAUAUAACUCUCCCAACUUCCACUUUAGAAAUUAUAAUUGUUGUAAACUACAGCGGUUCAAUGUUUUCUUGGAAUAGACUCUAACUUAGUUUAUUCAGCUAGCUAACUUGGUACUGUAUAGCCACAACAGUGGUAUUGUCUGUUCUGACUAGAACAUGACGACCCUCCAGAAAUGGGAUGAACGACUUUAAUGCUAGGGACACUGCAAGGAGUUCCAGGCAGUUUCUGUGAGUAGAACAGAGAUUGGGACCCCACACCCCGUUGACAGUUCUGCCCUCGUGGGUUGCGCCCCAACCCGAGAGAGAUGCGUCCAUCGUGACUACUUUUCUGGAUAAAACAGUGCCCAUCUGGGCACCCUGUGACAGAAACGUCCGGUGUCUCCAGGAGUGCAGUGCUACCAUGCAGUCUAUGGAGAUCUGUACACGGUGAUGUUUGUGACGUAUUGGGCUCAGACCAAGAGAAGAGACCCAGCAUUUAAACUCUGUCAUAUUCAAACGUCCUAAUGGGAUGACUACUAAAGCUGAUGCCAUCAAACCUAGUAGCCUCAGGCAUGUUUUGAAAGAGACCAGGUUCCCUCUGCGAAAGAGUGCUAGGCAAUCUUGGAAUGUUCUUAUACGUUCCACUGAAAGGCGAGCUUUGAAUGAUACCGAAUCCAGGAUUAAACCUAGGAAAGAGAGUGUCUGCGUGGGAAUCGGAACGCUCUUUACUGUGUUUAUUCUGAAACCUAGAAAUGUCAGGUGUUCGAAGAGUAGUUGACUGUGUUCUAAGACCUCUUGUCUCGAUUGCGCGCACAGCAGCCAAUCGUCAAUGAGUGCCUUGCAAAAGUAUUCAUCCCCCUUGGCGUUUUUCCUAUUUUGUUCAUUACAACCUGUAAUUUAAAUGGAUUUUUAUUUGGAUUUCAUGUAAUGGACAUACACAAAAUAGUCCAAAUUGGUGAAGUGAAAUUUAAAAAAUUACUUGUUUAAAAGAAUUAUAAAAAAUAAAUAACGGAAAAGUUGUGCUUGCUGAUGUAUUCACCCCCUUUGCUAUGAAGCCCAUAAAUAAGAUCUGGUGCAACCAAUCUUGUGCAAUCUAAGUGUCACAUGAUCUCAGAAUAUAUACACCUGUUCUGAAAGGCCCCAGAGUCUGCAACACCACUAAACAAGGGGCACCACCAAGCAAGCGGCACCAUGAAGACCAAGGAGCUCUCCAAACAGGUCAGGGACAAAGUUGUGGAGAAGUACAGAUCAGGGUUGGGUCAUAAAAAAAUAUCCGGAACUUUGAACAUCCCACAGAGCACCAUUUUUAAAUCCAUUAUUAAAAAAUGGAAAUAAUAUGGCACCACAACAAACCUGCCAAGAGAGGGCCGCCCACCAAAACUCAUGGACCAGGCAAGGAGGGCAUUAAUCAGAGAGGCAACAAAGAGACCAAAGAUAACCCUGAAGGAGCUGCAAAGCGCCACAUCGGCGGUUGGAGUAUCUGUCCAUAUGACCACUUUAAGCCGUACACUCCAGAGCUGGGCUUUACGGGAGAGUGGCCAGAAAAAAGCCAUUGCUUAAAGAAAAAAAUAAGCAAACACGUUUGGUGUUCGCCAAAAGGCAUGUGGGAGACUCCCCAAACAUAUGGAAGAAGGUACUCUGGUCAGAUUAGACUAAAAUUGAGCUUUUUGGCCAUCAAGGAAACGCUAUGUCUGGCGCAAACCCCAACACCUCUCAUCACCCCGAGAACACCAUCCCCACAGUGAAGCAUGGUGGUGGCAGCAUCAUGCUGUGGGGAUGUUUUUCAUCGGCAGGGACUGGGAAACCGGUCAGAAUUGAAGGAAUGAUGGAUGGUGCUAAAUACAGGGAAAUUCUUCCAGAGAUUUGAGACAAUGACCCUAAUCAUACUGCUAAAGCAACACUGGAAUGGUCAAGUCAAAGCCUAGGCCUCAAUCCAAUUGAGAAUCUGUGGUAUGACUUAAAGAUUGCUGUACACCAGCGGAACCCAUCCAACUUGAAGGAGCUGGAGCAGUUAAUUUUUAUUUUUGUCUUAUUUGUUGUUUGUUUCACAAGAAAAAAUAUUUUGCAUCUUCAAAGUGGUAGGCAUGUUGUGUAAAUCAAAUGAUACAAACACCCCAAAAAUCAAUUUUAAUUCCAGGUUGCAAGGUAACAAAAUAGGAAAAAUGCAAAGGGGGUGAAUACUUUCGCAAGACACUGUACGUCAUCAGCCGAAUGCCCCUCUCUCUGAGUGGGGCUAUGGCUGCCUCGGUACACUUCGUAAAAACACGAGGUGACCGUGAGAGGCCGAAAGGGAGCACCAGAAAUUCGUAGAUUACGCCUUGAAAAGCGAAUCUGAGAAAUUUCCUGUGAGGAGGGUAUAUUGAGAUGUGAAAGUAAGCGUCCUUCAGGUCGACGGGUACGAACCAAUCGCCUGGGCGCACGGAACGUAGCAGAGCAGUGUGUGUCAACAUUCUGAACAUGGAUUUUCUCAUGUGCCUGUUCAGAGCACGUAGAUCUAGGAUGGGGCGUAUGCCGGUCCCUUUUUUGGAACCAGGAAAACCGCAGUGUCUUUGCUCGGGAGGAACAAUUCUUAUUGCCCUUUUCCCUAUUAGCGAUGUGAUUUCCUCCCGGAGUACACGCGCUGAUUCCCCCUGAGCCUGAGUGUAUAUAAUUCCCUUGAAUCGAAGAGGGGUGACAGCGAAUUGUAGUCUGUAUCCCCUGUCUAUCGUGCCUUGUACCUAGUUUGACACUGCGCAUGCCCGCCAAUUCUCUCUCCGCUCAGAGAGGGCUGACUGGGCUUCCCCCCCCAUAGACGGUGCAGCUGCACCACCCUCCUAGCGUAUAGGACCUGUUUCAAACUAUCACUUUUAUGGUCAACAUAGGCACUUCAUAUGCGCACUCGCUCCGGAAUGGGGAAAAAUAUGUUUCUUUAGACCUGCCUAAAAUAAAUGGAUUUAUUUUGAUGGCAUAUAUUACAUGGAUUUAUUAUACUUUUUUAUGUAGAUUUUCCAAAGGCGUGCAUCAGCGGCUUGUGUGCUUGGAGGCCUGGAGAUGCUAAACAUGUUUAUGUUAAUUCCUGGUAAAUUACAGUGAGACCAGCAGUCAUUUUCGAGACCAUAACCGGCUGAAAAAAAUGUCAUGACCACCACAGCCCUAGUUAUCUACCAUUCAUCUCUCCUUGUUCAUCUUUGAAAUACCCACGUGGGUUUGUAUGCUCCUGAAACCAAUGAUUAGAUGGGAGAGGUGGGACUUGCAGUGCGUCAAGGUUCUCAAAUGGAACCAUGUUCUAUUUUACCAUCUGGCUACGUCUUUGACGCGCACGAGCGGUGUGGAUGAAAUGAUUGAAUAACAUUUAUGAGUACAUUUAUUUUGCAACGCUCGUGCAUGCAACGUGGCGGGGCUCGUUUGGGUGUAACCAAGUCCACCCUUCACCUGUUACCUGCCUUCACUCACUCACUCUGUGUGUGUGGUCCGUGUCAGGCCAAGACGGACCGUGAGCGGUUCCUGAAUGAUCUGCGGCGAGACGUUCAGAAGCCGAUGGGCUUCGACGCUGUCAUGAGGGUCCGAACCAGCACAGGUAAGUGUCUUCAUCACGCUCUCACACACUUUCUCUCGCUCACACACUCACUAUUUUUUUUUGGGGGGGGGUGGGGUAGAUCAGCUUUAAUAUUGCUGAUACAGUGGGGGGGAAAAGUAUUUAGUCAGCCACCAAUUGUGCAAGUUCUCCCACUUAAAAAGAUGAGAGAGGCCUGUAAUUUUCAUCAUAGGUACACGUCAACUAUGACAGACAAAUUGAGAAAAAAAAUUCAGGAAAAUCACAUUGUAGGAUUUUUAAUGAAUUUAUUUGCAAAUUAUGGUGGAAAAUAAGUAUUUGGUCACCUACAAACAAGCAAGAUUUCUGGCUCUCACAGACCUGUAACUUCUUCUUUAAGAGGCUCCUCUGUCCUCCACUCGUUACCUGUAUUAAUGGCACCUGUUUGAACUUGUUAUCAGUAUAAAAGACACCUGUCCACAACCUCAAACAGUCACACUCCAAACUCCACUAUGGCCAAGACCAAAGAGCUGUCAAAGGACACCAGAAACAAAAUUGUAGACCUGCACCAGGCUGGGAAGACUGAAUCUGCAAUAGGUAAGCAGCUUGGUUUGAAGAAAUCAACUGUGGGAGCAAUUAUUAGGAAAUGGAAGACAUACAAGACCACUGAUAAUCUCCCUCGAUCUGGUGCUCCACGCAAGAUCUCACCCCGUGGGGUCAAAAUGAUCACAAGAACGGUGAGCAAAAAUCCCAGAACCACACGGGGGGACCUAGUGAAUGACCUGCAGAGAGCUGGGACGAAAGUAACAAAGCCUACCAUCAGUAACACACUACGCCGCCAGGGACUCAAAUCCUGCAGUGCCAGACGUGUCCCCCUGCUUAAGCCAGUACAUGUCCAGGCCCGUCUGAAGUUUGCUAGAGUGCAUUUGGAUGAUCCAGAAGAGGAUUGGGAGAAUGUCAGAUGAAACCAAAAUAGAACUUUUUGGUAAAAACUCAACUCGUCGUGUUUGGAGGACAAAGAAUGCUGAGUUGCAUCCAAAGAGCACCAUACCAACUGUGAAGCAUGGGGGUGGAAACAUCAUGCUUUGGGGCUGUUUUUCUGCAAAGGGACCAGGACGACUGAUCCGUGUAAAGGAAAGAAUGAAUGGGGCCAUGUAUCGUGAGAUUUUGAGUGAAAACCUCCUUCCAUCAGCAAGGGCAUUGAAGAUGAAACGUGGCUGGGUCUUUCAGCAUGACAAUGAUCCCAAACACACCGCCCGGGCAACGAAGGAGUGGCUUCGUAAGAAGCAUUUCAAGGUCCUGGAGUGGCCUAGCCAGUCUCCAGAUCUCAACCCCAUAGAAAAUCUUUGGAGGGAGUUGAAAGUCCGUGUUGCCAAGCGACAGCCCCAAAACAUCACUGCUCUAGAGGAGAUCUACAUGGAGGAAUGGGCCAAAAUACCAGCAACGUUUGACCUGUGUCAUUGCCAACAAAGGGUAUAUAACAAAGUAUUGAGAAACUUUUGUUAUUGACCAAAUACUUAUUUUCCACCAUAAUUUGCAAAUAAAUUCAUUAAAAAUCCUACAAUGUGAUUUUCUGGAUUUUUUUUCUUCUCAUUUUGUCUGUCAUAGUUGACGUGUACCUAUGAUGAAAAUUACAGGCCUCUCUCAUCUUUUUAAGUGGGAGAACUUGCACAAUUGGUGGCUGACUAAAUACUUUUUUCCCCCACUGUAUAUUGUAGCUUACAUCAAUAUAAUUGUCUGCAUCAUUUACAAUCCCCCAUAUAUUUAUAUCUAUUCUUUCUUCAUAUAUUUUCCUUUAUUAUGUUCCCCUAACCCUACAACCCUUCCCCUGAUUGGAGUAAACUAAUGGACAACACAGGCUUCAACUUAGUAGAGAUGUAUUCAAAGAGAAUCAUGGCUGUAAUUCAAGCAAAAGUUGGUUCCCCCAAGUAUUAACUCAGAGGGGUGUUCACUUAUCCAAAUAGGGUAUUUUACUGUUUUAAUUGUAAUACAUUUUCAGAUUAGAGAAUUUUUUUCGCUUGGAUAUUGUGGGUUACUGUGUAAAUAAAGCCGGAAAAAGUCUGAUUUUAUGUGUUUUCAUUUCAGGCUGUAAGGCAACAAAAGGUGAACAUUUUGAAAGGGGUGGUGACUUUUAUACCCACUGUAUAUAACAUUCUAUUGGUUGCAAAAAUUUUGCAUUAUUUAAAUUGGAAAAUUCUAAGUUUUGAAUCCGGCGGCGUUUUGUAUAUCAGCUCAUAAACCAUGUGCCAUUGAAGCAGACAUUUCUAUAUAUUUUUGUUAGCUGCAUGUGUGACAACUCCACCAGUCCUAUUUAUGAUGUCAUUUACAAAGAUUAUAUAUAUUUUUAAAUGUAUUCAAAAAAUAUUUAUUUUCUUAAUCAAUUAGUAUAUUUGAGAUCUGAUUUUAAUAGCUAACAUUUCGAGGGCCAUAAUAAAUAGAUAUGCCUAUAGUGGAAAACCUUGCUUUACUCCUCUUGACAGUUUAAUACUUUCUGAGAAGUAGACAUUAUUUAGUAUUUUACACCUAGGGUUACUAUACAUAACUUUUUAAAUUUUUUACAUUCAUAUUUUUACAUUUUCGUCAUUUAGCAGACGCUCUUAUCCAGAGCGACUUACAAAUUGGUGCAUUCACCUUAUGAUAGCCAGUGGGACAACCACUUUACAAUAUAUAUAUUUUUUUUUUUUGGGGGGGGGGUGGGGUAAGGAUUACUUUAUCCUAUCCCAGGUAUUCCUUAAAGAGGUGGGGUUUCAAGUGUCUCCGGAAAGUGGUGAGUGACUCCGCUGUCCUGGCGUCGUGAGGGAGCUUGUUCCACCAUUGGGGUGCCAGAGCAGCGAACAGUUUUGACUGGGCUGAGCGGGAACUGUGCUUCCGCAGAGGUAGGGGGGCCAGCAGGCCAGAGGUGGAUGAACGCAAUGCCCUCAUUUGGGUGUAGGGACUGAUCAGAGCCUGAAGGUACGGAGGUGCUGUUCCCCUCACAGCUCCGUAGGCAAGCACCAUGGUCUUGUAGCAGAUGCGAGCUUCAACUGGAAGCCAGUGGAGUGUGCGGAGGAGCGGGGUGACGUGAGAGAACUUCGGAAGGUUGAACACCAGACGGGCUGCAGCGUUCUGGAUGAGUUGUAGGGGUUUAAUGGCACAGGCAGGGAGCCCAGCCAACAGCGAGUUGCAGUAAUCCAGACGGGAGAUGACAAGUGCCUGGAUUAGGACCUGUUCCGCUUCCUGUGUAAGGCAGGGUCGUACUCUGCGAAUGUUGUAGAGCGUGAACCUACAGGAUCGGGUCACCGCCUUGAUGUUAGCGGAGAACGACAGGGUGUUGUCCAGGGUCACGCCAAGGCUCUUUGCACUCUGGGAGGAGGACACAACGGAGUUGUCAACCGUGAUGGCGAGAUCAUGGAACGGGCAGUCCUUCCCCGGGAGGAAGAGCAGCUCCGUCUUGCCGAGGUUCAACUUGAGGUGGUGAUCCGUCAUCCACACUGAUAUGUCUGCCAGACAUGCAGAGAUGCGAUUCGCCACCUGGUUAUCAGAAGGGGGAAAGGAGAAGAUUAAUUUUGUGUCGUCUGCGUAGAUUUGGUUUGGUGUACCUCAACUGGAGUUUUCCAGGACUUAAAGGCUUUAAUUGCAUCCAGAAGUUCCUCCUCUGUGAUUUGACCUUCACAUGAGUCUUUCUGUACAGCUGUUCACUUUACAUUAUUAAUAUAAAAAAAUCCAUACAAUUUACUUCGGUUAGUGGAGAUGGAGGAGACUGAAAAGAAAACAUAUGCUACAUAAGUACUUCGCUUCCUCUUUCAAAAUAUUGUUUGGUGAAUCAUGGGUGAAACCGUUACUUGUAAGAAGUUUCAGUAAAUUAUUUUUGGUAUCAUUUCUAUGUUGGCGAUAAAAAAAAUAAUUUCACCAUAUUCCAUCCAGUUCGCUUUAUUUUUUUGAAAUAUAUUACGUUUGAUCUUUCUUGAAUAAGUUCCUCCAUUUAUUUUUGUUUUUCCUCUAACUUAUUCUGUGCCUCUAUGGUACAGUUUUUAUUGCUAUCUAUCUGUACACACUCACUCUUCACCUAGUGGUGUUUCACUGCCAUCAUAACCUUCUCUCCUCCUCCAGGUAUCAGAGCGACAGAUUUCUUCGGCUCGUUCUUUAUGAGUAAUACGACAGACGUGGAGCUGGCAGGACUGGACUGUGACAAGACUGUUACCGUGGAAUUCCGCCAUGACGACAAGCUCAGCGAGGACACUGGUGCACUCAUGCAGUGCGCAGUGUUGUACACCAGCUGUAGUGGUCAGCGGCGUCUGCGGGUCCACAACAUGGCGGUCAACUGCUGCUCCCAGCUCGCCGACCUCUACCGUAAUUGUGAGACGGACACCAUCAUCAACUUCUUCUCCAAGUAUGGUCAGUAUCACACACUCAAUAUCCAUCUAUCCCCCUGUUUCUCUAUCUAUAUAGAAGUGAAAUUGUGUUCUAUGUUUCGAGAUUACGUUACUAAGAGAAAGCAUGUAUAAAGAUCAGCAGGGGUCCACUCACCGAACACCUAAUUCUACUUUAGAUGUGAUAUACUGUAGAUGUGAUUGAUACCAGUAGGAUUCAAACCAACUAAGGGCUUGUCUUUAUGUCCGGAAAUGGAAACCAAUGGUCCUUUUCUCUCUGUGUGUAGCGUACCGCAGCAUAUUGAACACCCCCACAAAGACAGUGAGAGACACCAUGGUAAACCAGUGUGCCCAGAUUCUGGCCUGCUACCGCAAGAACUGUGCCAGCCCCUCGUCUGCCGGACAGGUCAGUCACUCACACACACCCCCUAUUGGACAAGUCAGUGAAACACACCCCAUACACACGCAUGAUACACACACUCACCCCAACACCAUUCAGACACUAUACACAAACACUAUACAUUCACCCUAACAACACACACACACACACACACACACCCACUCACUGCACCUCCUAUGACAGUCAGAUCGGUCAGUCACACACACACACACACACACACACACACACACACACACACACACACAUCAACCCCCCACACACUCGAAAAAUAUACACACUCAAUCCCUUCCCCUCUGUCUUCUCUCCUUUUGUAGCUGAUCCUACCAGAGUGUAUGAAGCUGCUGCCGGUCUAUCUGAACUGUGUGUUGAAGAGCGACGUGCUGCAGCCGGGAGCUGACAUCUCAUUGGACGACAGAGCCUACCUGAGACAACUGCUCGGCUGUAUGGACGUAUCAGAGAGCCACAUCUUCUUCUAUCCCCGCCUACUGCCCCUGGUGAGAGACACUGCUCUCCAACUCGCUCUCUUUCUGUCUCUCAAUUCACUUCACUCAGCCUCAUUUGGCAUGACAAGGCAUUAUCUUACUUUGCUAAAGUAAACAUGUAAGAACAUAUUACAUCAAUGUGAAAUCAAUAUGUUAAAUCGUAUAUUAAUCAAGUCCAUUUCCAUCCCAGGUGAAGUUGGAUGGAGGGUCGUUGCCAAUGGCAGUGCGUAACUCAGAGGAGCGCCUGUCGAAGGGUGGAGUCUACCUCCUGGAGACAGGGCUCCACCUCUUCCUGUGGGUGGGAGCCAAUGCCCAGCAGGAGCUGCUCAGUAACAUCUUUGGAACGCCCACCUUCAGCCAAAUAGACCCCAACAUGGUGAGAGACACACACACAGACGUCAACUUCUUAGAAAUCAUUGUCUUGAUUUUAAGUGUGUGUGUGUUGCAAUCUCCUAAAUGUGUGUGAUGUGUUCCAGACGAAUCUGCCGGAGCUGGACAACCCGUUCUCCCAGAGACUCCGAGAGAUCAUCGACUCCUUCAGAUCACAACGAUCACGAUACAUGAAGGUCAGACUACACUACAUCUCUUUGUCUCGGUCUCUCUCUCUCCUUCUCUUUCUUCCCUCUCUGUAUCUUUCCAUCUCUAUCUCUGUGUUGUCAGGGUUCGAUACUGCGACCAAAACAGUCACGUUUGCGACCGUUUGACUUGGCAGUGCAACACACAUUUUUAAUUGGUCGCAAGGGAACCAGUAAUUCGUUUUUUUACCUGGUCACAUUAGUUUUUGGUUCACAAUUACCUUUUUUUAUCAUCAUGAUUUAUUCAAAAAGUUAAAUCUCGUUUUAAAACAUGAUACAGUAACCCCUCCAUAACUCUUCAACAUCUCAAAUGGUGAGACUCAAAAGGGGACUCUUGUGCUUUCCCAGAAUAAUAAAAAAAAUGAAGUAAGCUUUAUGCGAGUGCGGAGGCAUUACACCUUUUGUGAGAAUGACUAACUACUACAUGGACGAACUUCAUUGGUGGUGUGUUUGUGUUUGGAGAAAGCUGUCUAUUUAAUGCAGGAAAACUGAAAUCUCUUACCUAAUUUCUACCAGCAUGUCACCUGUACAACUAGAGGCGAAAAAACUCUAAUCACCUUUACUCCACACACAGAGACGCAUACAAAGCUCUCUCUCGCCCUCCAUUUGGCAAAUCUGACCAUAACUCUAUCCUCCUGAUUCCUGCUUACGAGCAAGAACUCAAACAGGAAGUACCAGCGAUGCGCUCAAUACGGAAGCGGUCCGAUGAAGCGGAUGCUUAGCUACAGGACUGUUUCGAUAGCACAGACUGGAAUAUGUUCCAGGAUUCAUCCAAUGGCAUUGAGGUGUUUACCACAUCAGUCACCAGCUUCAUUAAUAAGUGCAUCAACGAAGACGUCCCCACAGUGACCUUACAUACAUAUUACAACCAGAAGCCAUGGAUUACAGGCAACAUCCGCAUUGAGUUAAAGGCUAGAGCUGCCACUUUCAAGGAGUGGGACACUAACCCGGACGUUUAUAAGAAAUCUCACUACGCCCUCUAACGAACCAUCAAACAGUCAAAGCGUCAAUACAGGACUAAGAUCGAAUCGUACUACACCGACUCUGAUGCUCGUCGGAUGUGACAGGGCUUGCAAACUAUCACAGAUUACAAAGGGAAAACUAGCCGCGAGCUGCCCAGUGACGCGAGCCUAAGAAACGAGCUAAAUGCUUUCUAUGCUCGCUUCGAGGCAAGCAACACCGAACCAUGUAUGAGAGCACCAGCUGUUACGGACGACUGUGAUCACGCUCUCUGUAGCCUAUGCAAGUAAGACCUUUAAACAGAUCAACAUUCACAAGGCCGCAGGGCCAGGCGGAUUAACAGGAUGCAUACCCAUGUGAGAGACGCAGACUCAGUCUCAACCUUUAAGUCUUUACUGAAGACUUAUCUCUUCAGUAGGUCAUAUGAUUGAGUGUAGUCUGGCCCAGGAGUGUGAAGGUGAACGGAAAGGCUGGAGCAACGAACAGCCCUUGCUGUCUCUGCCAGGCCGGUUCCCCUCUCCACUGGGGUUCUCUGCCUCUAACCCUGUUGCAGGGGCUGAGUCACUGGCUUGCUGGUGCUCUUUCAUGCCGUCCCUGGGAGGGGUGCGUCACUUGAGUGGGUUGAGUUACUGACGUGAUCUUCCUGUCUGGGUUGGCGCCCCCCCCUUGGUUUGUGCUGUGGUGGAGACCUCUGUGGGCUAUACUCGGCCUUGUCUCAGGAUUGUAAGUUGGUGGUUGGGGAUAUCCCUCUAGUGGUGCGGGGGCUGUGCUUUGGCGGAGUGGGUGGGGUUAUAUCCUUCCUGUUUGGCCCUGUCCGGGGGUUUCUUCGGAUGGGGCCACAGUGUCUCCGGACCGCUCCUGUCUCAGCCUCCAGUAUUUAUGCUGCAGUAGUUUAUGUGUCGGGGGGCUGGGGUUAGUUGGUUAUACCUGGAGUACUUCUCCUGUCUUAUCCAGUGUCCUGUGUGAAUUUAAGUAUGCUCUCUCUAAUUCUCUCGUUCUCUCUUUCUCUCUGAGAACCUGAGCCCUAGGACCAUACGUCAGGACUACCGGGCAUGAUGACACCUUGCUGUCCCCAGUCCGCCUGGCCUUGCUGCUAUUCCAGUUUCAACUGUUCUGCCUGCGGCUACGAAACCCCUACCUGUCCCAGACCUGCUGUUUUCAACUCUUAAUGAUCGGCUAUGAAAAGCCAACUGAGAGACCUGAGCCCUAGGACCAUACGUCGGGACUACCGGCCGUGGUGACUCCUUGCUGUCCCCAGUCCGCCUGGCCUUGCUGCUAUUCCAGUUUAAACUGUUCUGCCUGCGGUUAUGGAACCCCUACCUGUCCCAGACCUGCUGUUUUCAACUCUUAAUGAUCGGCUAUGAAAAGCCAACUGAGAUUUAUUCCUGAUUAUUAUUUGACCAUGCUUGUCACUUAUGAACAUUUUUGAACAUCUUGGCAUGGUUCUGUUAUAAUCUCCACCCGGCACAGCCAGAAGAGGACUGGCCACCCCUCAUAGCCUGGUUCCUCUCUAGGUUUCUUCCUAGGUUUUCGCCUUUCUAGGGAGUUUUUCCUAGCCACCGUGCUUCUACACCUGCAUUACUAGCUGUUUGGGGUUUUAGGCUGGGUUUCUGUACAGCACUUCGAGAUAUUAGCUGAUGUAAGAAGGGCUAUAUAAAAUAAAAUUGAUUGAAAAUUGAUUGAUGCAUACUCAGCGCAUGCGCUGACCAGCUGGCAAUUGUCUUGAUUGACAUUUUCAACUUCUCCCUGACCCACUCUGUAAUACCUACACGUUUCAAGCAGACUCUAGAGGAUUUCGCAGAAAAAAACACAUGGCACUUUGAAAUCUGCAAGAAAUACUUUUUGCACUUUAUUUUACGUCUCUCUUUUUUUUGUUGAUGUUACAGUAAAUCUAUCCAAAUCAAUCUAAGAAAACAAGGGCAUGCUAAUUUAAAAGAUGGCUAGUCAUUAUUAGCUUGGUUCUGUAUUGAAAGCAGGCACAUUAUGGGACACAGGCCCAUUGUUAUUAAUCAUCAUUAUCAACUAAAUCAUGUGCUUCUGCAUUGCGUGCUGUUUGGGGUUUUAGGCAGGGUUUCUGUAUAAGCACUUUGUGACAUCUGCUGAUGUGAAAAGGGCUUUAUAAAUUAAUUUGAUUGAUGUGCUUGUGCCACCAACUGAAAGUUGGAAAAAGUAAGUGGAGAUCCCUAGUUGUGGUACAGAAGUAUAACGUGUGUGUGUUAACAUCUCUUUCUCUCUCUCUCUCUCUGUGUCUGUAGUUGAUGGUGGUGAAGCAGGAGGACAAGGCGGAGCUAAUCUUUAAGCACUUCCUGUGCGAGGACAAGAGCGCCAGCGGAGGAGCGUCCUACGUCGACUUCCUGUGUCACAUGCACAAGGAGAUCCGUCAGCUACUCAGCUAG